UCUUCUUUUCUUUUCUCUAUUUUUUUUUUGGCUGUUUGAAUGAUAAUCUUUUUGGUGGGUGCAAAAGGGAAGUCUCGGAAAUCCUGUUUGCUUUGUCUGAUUUGCUUGUGGUAGUUGGUCAUGGAGGGACGCCAUCACCAUCCCCAUCCACCUCAGCAACAGACUAUGGGUGUUAACGUCGAUGUUGAUAGAUUUCCUCAAUGGAGUAUUCAGGAGACGAAGGAGUUCCUGAUGAUCAGAGCAGAGCUGGAUCGGAGUUUCAUGGAGACCAAGAGGAACAAGAUGCUUUGGGAAGUUAUCUCUACAAGGAUGAGGGAAAAGGGUUAUAAUCGCAGCGCUGAACAGUGCAAGUGCAAGUGGAAAAACCUCGUUACUAGAUAUAAGGGGUGUGAAACCAUGGAAGCAGACGCCAUGCGACAACAAUUCCCAUUUUACAAUGAGUUGCAGGCCAUAUUCUCGUCAAGGAUGCAAAGUAUUCUAUGGACCGAUGAAGGAGGAGUGACCGGGUCGAAGAAGAAGGCAGUGCAGCUAUCUUCAGAAGAGGAUGAAGAUAUGGAGGAAAGCGAGUUAGAUAAGGGUAGUGGCAUUAGGAAGAAGAAAAAGGGGAAAACGGGUAUUGGUGGGGGUGCAAGCGGAAGCAGCAAUAAUAUAAAGGAGAUUUUAGAGGAUUUCAUGAGGCAACAGAUGCAGAUGGAAAUGCAAUGGAGAGAAGCGUUCGAGGCAAGGGAAAACGAAAGGCGGUUGAAAGAGAUGGAGUGGAGACAGACCAUGCAAGCGUUGGAGAAUGAAAGGAUAAUGAUGGAUAGAAGAUGGAGAGAAAAGGAAGAGCAAAGAAGAGUGAGGGAAGAAGCUAGGGCUGAGAAGAGAGACGCUCUCAUCACAGCACUAUUAAACAAGCUCAGAAGAGAAGAACACAUGUAGUACUAGUACUCCUCAUCAAGUCAGCUUCUGAAUCAGGUCACUUGUUUAUUUUUCUUGUUUUUUUUGGAGAAGAGGAAGCUUUUCUGAGAGGUUUGUCCUGGAACUCUCAUUCUGAGAUCGAUGUUUAUUUUUUUAGUUCUAUGGAUUUCCCUCCUCCUGUUUUGCCCACCGAGGCUUUCUUUUAGCUAGUAAAAGAAUAUAGAGCUUCCAUUUUCCUUAGUUUUAUAUUGUUAUUUUCUUCUUCAAGCCAUCCUGUUAUCAUUGAGAGGUGACCAUGAAGGCGCAUUUCAAAAGCAUCAUGAAUAAAAAGCUCCAAGCUCUCUAGAUA